GGUCCAAAGUCCCCUGGAGCUAGGAAUCUGUUUCUCUUUGCUUUGUAAACUCCAACAUAGACGACAUUAAGAUUUGAUUUUAAUAGUAAGUCGUUUUGCUUUGAAUUCCGAGAUUUUUUAAUUAACUAACGUUACUUUUUAAUUCUUAAAUCGUGGAUACCACUACAAACAUUCAUAUCGGACUACUCCCGCAGUCUGCUAUCGCUCAGUAGCAGACAAGAAGAUCCAAAAAAUGGCUCGUUUUUUAUUAACGUGUUUUUUAAUUUUGUUAUCAGCGCAACUGACGGAAUCUUCCGGUGUGUUUGAGUUGAAAGUGCACUCUUUCACAAGCACAAACAGUGUGUGCAAAGGGUCCAGCGACUGCCAGGUCUUUUUCCGCGUUUGCCUGAGGCACUCCCAUAACAUCAUACAGCCGAAGCAGCCGUGCACUUACGGCAGUGGAAUGACAGGAAUAUUCAGCGCAGACUCCAUCUCCAGCAGCGCGCACAUCCGCGUACCUUUCAAUUUCAAGUGGCCGGGAAUCGUUUCAUUGAUAAUCGAAGCUUGGAACGCAGAGUCCUCUGAUCAGUCAACAGAGAACAUUAACAACAUGAUCAGCCGUUUGGCCACCAAAAGAAGACUCGCCAUAGGCGAGAACUGGUCUCAGGACGUGCAUCACGGAGAUCAAAGCGAACUGCACUUUUCCUAUCGCGUCGUGUGCGAUGAAUUCUACCACGGCGAGGAAUGCUCGGAUUUCUGCCGGCCACGGAACGAUGCGUUCGGCCACUUCAACUGUGACGCCGCUGGGAACAGAAUUUGCCUGCCUGGAUGGAAAGGCGAUUAUUGCGCAGAACCCAUCUGCUCGUCUGGCUGUAGCGAGAAGUACGGUUAUUGUGAGGCCCCCGGUGAGUGCAAGUGCCGCCUCGGGUGGCAGGGCCCCCUCUGCGACGAGUGCCAGCGAUACCCGGGGUGCCUGCACGGCACCUGCAACCAGCCCUUUCAGUGCACUUGUAAGGAAGGCUGGGGCGGCCUGUUCUGCAACGAGGAUUUGAACUUCUGCACCAAUCACAAGCCCUGCAAGAACGACGCCACCUGUACCAACACCGGCCAGGGGAGCUACACCUGCAUCUGCAAGCCUGGCUUCAGCGGCAAAAACUGCGAGAUCGAGACCAACGAGUGCGACAGCAACCCGUGCAAGAACGGAGGCAGUUGCAAUGAUCAGGUGAAUGAUUACACCUGCACGUGCCCUCAAGGCUUCUACGGAAAGAACUGUGAGGUCAUUGACAUGACUUGUGCUGACAAACCCUGCUUCAAUGGAGGAACCUGCGUGGAGAAGGGCAGCCGUGGCUACUCUUGCCGCUGCCCUCCUGGAUACAUGGGCUCCAACUGUGAGAAGAAAAUCGACCGAUGCAGCAGCGACCCCUGUGCUAAUGGUGGCCAGUGUCUCGAUUUGGGCAACCGACUGACGUGCCGAUGCCGCCCUGGAUUCUCAGGCUCGCGUUGCGAAAUCAACAUUGACGACUGUGCCAACAACCCUUGCCAAAACGCUGGAACCUGCGUGGAUGGCAUCAACGGCUAUACCUGCACAUGCACGCUCGGUUUCUCAGGCAAAAACUGCGCUAUCCGCUCUGACGCCUGCAGCCUCAUGCCUUGCGAGAACGGAGGGACCUGCUACACCCACUUCUCCGGGCCCGUCUGCCAGUGUCCACCAGGCUUCAUGGGCACACGAUGCGAGUAUAAAGACAAGCCCGUCGUUGCGAGCCCUCCGCUUCCACCGGCCCUGGUGGUUUCGUUCACUCUAGGCCUCAUCACUCUUACACUAGUGGUGUGCGCUGCCAUUGUGGUUCUGAGACAAAUGCGGCAAGGCCGCAAAACCGCCUCCACCACCGUGCGCAACGAUUUGGAGACUGUGAACAACCGCGUCUCUUUGACUCCAACUUCAACUUUAGGCCGAGAGAAGGAUGCCUUGCUCCUUCCUGGCGGUCCGUUCAAGGUGUCUAAUAAAGAUGUGGCACUCAGAUCCACCACUGUGGACACUCAUUCCAGUGACAAAUCAAAUUACAAACAGAAGAUGGUGGAUUACAAUACGAGUAUUGACGAAAAACCUACAAACAACAAACUAGACAUGAAAAACUCUGAAUCUACAUUGCUGGUUCCACCUUUGAACUAUCCAAAAGAGGGAGUGUAUCACCCUGUGUACAUCAUUCCUGAACAUAUAGAGCAAUGUAUAUUUGCUACUGAGGUUUGACAGUAUUCUUCAAUUCUGGAGCACCUCAAUCACCAACGGGCUUAGGGCCUAAAAUGUUUACAGUCUUAAAGGACAAAGACGUGAAGAGAGAAUAUAUUAUAUCUACAUUAUAUUAUUUAUUUAUUCAUGCUGCUGAGUUAAAGGACUACUUUACUUUGAUACGGACAAUGAUUUUGCGAAGACAAAGCAAGAGACUUGAAGACUUGAGGAACAACUUGCAUUAUUUGCACUAUUUCCUUUUCCUUUUUUUUAAUGACCCAAAUAGAAUUUAUAUAUAUAUUUCAUCAUAUUUAAAAUGUACAGUCUAAGAACUCUCUGGAAGAGCUGGGAAGAAUCAAGGAUUCGUUAAUCACAGAAGCCUUGAAAAGGAAGAAAACAGGCAUCCUGAAGUUCAUCUCACUCUGGGAAUCACAUGAAGCCCAAUCAAUCAGUCUUAUGGGUGGAGGAGGUGCAACUGAAGGAUCUGGAACUGUGACCAUGGAGUAUUUUUAUUUUUAUUUUCGGAUAUGGCUCGAAAUGCUAUUUAUAAACGGAUCUGUGAUGAGAAGCAAUCGAAGCUGUGGACAAUGUGAACAAAUGGAAAUCUACAGUUAAAUACGACUGAUUUUACUUAGUGCCUACAAUGGAUUUGACUAUCACUCAAACCAAACCCAAUUUUAUUUAAGUGCCUCGACUUUCAAUGUGUUAUAGCUCAAUGAAAAAGGUACUCCUUAGAAACACUGAAAAAAACAAACUUAACUCUAGUGGAGUAUGUUUUUCGACUGAACAUGUUUGAGUUGACUUGGGUACAAAUUGUUUAACCUGCAGUGGGUGAUGGAUGCCGUUGUGUACAGCUUUCAUCCUGUCAAAAUUCACUGCUGUUUCCGACAUUCCCAAGGCUCGAAAUUACCAUUUGGUUCAAACUGAUAGCCUCAUCAUUGUCAAGAUUUCCUGGUUUUGUGAACCUCUGCAUUUUUCAAAAAGAAAAAAAAUGUAAGAUCAAGAUUAGAAUUUUUUUCUUUUCUUUUUUUAUGUGGCAUUUGUUUCUUUAAUUUUUAAAAACCAUUUAAACCAAAUAGAUACUUUUAUAUUUUAUACUGUCUUUCUUAAUUUAACAAUGCAAUAUUGUACAAAAUCUUGAGAUAUUCCUACUAUUUAAUUCGACUGUAAAUAAUUUGUAUUUAUGAAAGAUAAAUGUAUAUGUAUAUAUAUGUAUAUGUAUUGUGCCUUUCAUCACGAGGCCAGAAAUAUAUAUUUUUUCAUACAAUAAAUCCUGAAAUAAUUUACUUUG